GCCGUGGCCUCCGGCUCCGCGCUUGCUCCCGAUAGGACGCGGCUCCCGGAGGCAGCGUUUGAACCGGAAGCAGGGAGACCUGAGGGCAUAACGGGAGCGCGUGAGGAAGCUGUGCCUGUUUGAGGCCGCCGCCACCAGAGACGACUGGGGCUCGCGCUGCCGCCGCCGCCACACCAAGACACCGCCCCGGGCGUCAGCGUGCAGCGGUAGGGAGCGCAGCCGCGCCGUGCUUUCUGAUAGUAAUGUAUAUUUUGAAGCUCUGAGCCAUGAGUCUAGCACUUAAUGAUCUGCUCAUUUGCUGCCGUCAUCUCGAACAUGAGAGAGCUACAGAACGGAGGAAAGAAGUUGAGAAAUUUAAACGCCUGAUUCGAGAUCCAGAAACAAUUCAGCAGUUAGAUCGGCAUUCAGAUUCCAAGCAAGGAAAAUACUUGAACUGGGAUGCUGUUUUUAGAUUUUUGCAGAAAUACAUCCAGAAAGAAACAGAAUGUCAGAGAACAGCAAAACCGAAUGUAUCAGUCUCAACACAAGCAUCCAGGCAAAAAAAGAUGCAAGAAUUAAGUAGCUUGGUCAAAUACUUCAUCAAAUGUGCAAAUAAAAGAGCACCCAGGCUGAAAUGUCAAGAACUUUUGAGUUAUAUCAUGGAGACAGUGAAAGAUUCAUCUAAUAGUUCUACCUAUGGAGCUGACUGUAGCAAUAUACUUCUCAAAGACAUUCUUUCGGUGAGAAAAUACUGGUGUGAAAUAUCUCAGCAGCAGUGGCUAGAAUUAUUCUCUGUGUACUUCACGCUGUAUCUCAAACCUUCCCAAGAUAUUAAUAGAGUUUUAGUGGCAAGAAUAAUUCAUGCUGUGACCAAAGGAUGCUGUUUGCAAACUGAUGGACUGAAUUCUAAAUAUUUGGAUUUUUUUUCCAAGGCUGUUCAGUAUGCCAGGCAGGAGAAGAGUUCUGCAGGUCUAAGUCACAUCUUAGCAGCCCUCAAUAUCUUUCUCAAGACUUUGGCUGUGAAUUUUCGAAUUCGAGCUUGUGAAUUAGGAGAUGAAAUUCUUCCUGUUUUGCUUUAUAUUUGGGCUCAACAUAGACUUAAUGAUUCUUUAAAGGAAAUAAUUGUUGAAUUGUUUCAACUGCAAAUUUAUAUUCAUCAUCCAAAAGGAGCUAAAACCCAAGAAAAAGGUGCUUACAUAUCAGCAAAAUGGCAAAGUAUCUUAUAUAAUAUAUAUGAUCUGAUAGUGAAUGAAAUAAGUCAUAUAGGGAGUAGAGGAAAAUAUACUUCAGGAUCUCGAAAUAUUGCUGUUAAGGAAAACUUGAUUGAAUUGAUGGCUGAUAUUUGUCACCAGGUUUUUAAUGAAGAUACCAGGUCCUUGGAGAUUUCUCAGUCUUACACUAUUACGCCGAGAGUAUCUAGUGAUCACAGUGCACCUUGUAAAAGGAGAAAAAUUGAAUUAGGCUGGGAAGUGAUAAAGGAUCAUCUUCAGAAGCCCCAGAAUGAUUACGAUCUUGUGCCGUGGCUGCAAAUUACAACCCAAUUAGUAUCAAAGUACCCUGCAAGUUUACCUGACCAUGAUCUGUCUUCAUUACUGAUGAUACUGUACCAGCUUCUCUCUCAACGACGACGUGGGGAACGCACACCAUAUGUGUUACGAUGUCUCACGGAAGUUGCAUUGUGUCAAGGCAAGAAAUCAAAUCUAGAAACCUCACAACAGUCAGAUUUGUUGAAACUCUGGAUCAAAAUUUGUACUGCUACCUUCCGUGGUAUAAGUUCUGAACAAACACAAGCUGAAAAUUUUGGUUUAUUGGGAGCCAUUAUUCAAGGUAGUUUAGUUGAAAUCGACAGAGAAUUCUGGAAAUUAUUUACUGGGUCUGCCUGCAGACCUUCUUGUUCUUCAAUAUGCUGUUUGGCUUUGGCAAUGAGAAGCUGCAUCAUUCCGGAAGCAAUACAUACAGGAUUAGAGUUAAGUAUUUGUGAAGUAAACGGAAGUUUCUCUUUGAAGGAAUUGAUAAUGAGGUGGAUCUUAUGUUAUAGACUAGAGGAUGACUUAGAAGACAGAACAGAAUUAUCCCCAAUUCUUCACAGUAAUUUUCCUCAUUUUAUACUGGAGAAAAUUCUUGUGAGUCUCACCAUGAAAGACUGUAAAGCUGCAAUGAAUUUUUUCCAAAGUGGACAAGAAUGUGAGCACCAAAAAGUUAAAGAAGAACCUUCAUUCUCUGAGAUUGAAGAACUGUUUCUUCAGACAACUUUUGACAAGAUGGAUUUUUUAACUUCUGUGAAAGAUUGUGCUGUGGAAAUGCAUCAUCCCCAUAUGGGGUUUUCAGUUCAUCAGAAUCUGAAGGAUUCAUUGAGCCGCUAUCUUCUGGAGUUAUCAGAACAGCUCCUAAGUAAUUAUUCAUCUGAGAUUACAAAUUCAGAAAUACUCGUGCGGUGUUCAAGUCUUUUGGUGGGUGUCCUUGGCUGCUAUUCUUACUUGGGCGUAAUAGCUGAAGAAGAAGCAUGUAAAUCAGAAUUGUUCCAUAAGGCCAAGUCCCUAAUGCAGUGUGCUGGAGAAAGUAUCACUCUGUUUAAAAAUAAGACAAAUGAAGACUCUAGAAUUGGUUCAUUGAGAAGUAUGAUGCAUCUAUGUACAAGCUACUUGUGUAACUGUAUCAAGCAAAAUCCAAGUAAGACCAUAUCUGGCUUUUUCCUACGAUUAUUAACGUCAAAGCUAGUGAAUGACAUUGCAGAUAUUUGUAAAAAUUUAGCAACUUUAAUCAAAAAACCAUUUGACUGCAGAGAAAUGGAGUCAGAAGAAGAUGAUCCUAGUGAAUGUCUGAUGGAGGUGGAAGGUCCGUCAUCCAUGAGCCUCUUCAGUGACCCUCCUGCUGAUAGUGUUGGUGAUGCCAGUGAAUUGGGAGAGAAUCAGAGUGCUAUUGGUGCCAUGAAUCCAUUAGCUGAAGAGUAUCUGUCAAAGCAAGAUCUCCUUCUUUUAGACAUGCUCAAGUUCUUAUGUAUGUGUCUAACUGCUUCUCAAACCAAUACUAUGUCAUUUAGAGCAGCUGAUAUUCGGAGAAAAUUGUUAACACUAGUUGAUUCUAGCAUAUUAGACCUUACGAAGUCUGUCCACCUACACAUGUAUUUAGUGCUUUUAAAGGAACUUCCCAGAGGAGAGUAUCCCUUGCCAAUGGAAGAUGUUGUUGAACUUCUGAAACCACUAUCCAAUGUGUGCUCUUUGUAUCGCCGUGAUCAAGAUGUUUGUAAAACAAUUUUAAACCAUGUCCUUCCAGUAGUGACAAACCUAGGUCAAGGCAGUUCGGAUACUGAAACCACAAGGGAUGCUCAAGGACAGUUCCUGACAGUGAUUGGGGCAUUUUGGCAUCUAGCGAGGGAGAAGAAAUGCACAUUUUCUGUAAGAGUGGCACUAGUAAAAUGCCUUAAAACAUUGCUGGAGGCUGAUCCUUACUCAAAAUGGGCUAUUCUUAAUGUCAUGGGUAAAGAUUUUCCUGUAAAUGAAGUAUUUCCACAGUUUCUUGCUGAUAAUCAUCACCAAGUUCGCAUGUUGGCUGCAGAAUCCAUCAAUAGACUAUUCCAAGAUAUGAAACAAGGAGAUUCACCUAGAUUGUUGAAAGCACUUCCGUUGAAGCUCCAACAGACAGCUUUUGAAAAUGCAUAUUUGAAAGCUCAGGAAGGAAUGAGAGAAUUGUCCCACAGUGCUGCGAACUCUGAAGUUUUGGAUGAGAUUCAUAAUAGAAAAUCUGUUCUAUUGAUGGUAAUUGCUGUGGUUUUAUGCUGUAGCCCUGUUUGUGAAAAGCAGGCUUUGUUUGCCCUGUGCAAAUCUGUGAAAGAGAAUGGAUUGGAGACUCACCUUGUGAAAAAGGUUUUGGAGAAAGUUUCUGAAACUUUUGGAUAUAGAAAUUUAGAAGACUUUAUGGCUUCUCAUUUAGAUUAUUUGAUUUUGGAAUGGCUAAAUUGUCAAAAUGCUGAAUAUAGCUUAUCUUCUUUUCCUUAUAUUUUAUUAAACUACAGAAAUGUUGAAGACUUCUAUAGAUCUUGUUACAAAAUACUAAUUCCACAUCUGGUGAUUAGAAGUCAUUUUGAUGAGGUGAAAGCCAUUGCUAACCAAAUUCAAGAGGAUUGGAAAAGUCUUCUGAUAGACUGCUUUCCCAAGAUUCUUGUGAAUAUCCUUCCUUAUUUUGCGUAUGAGGGCACAGCAGAUGGUGGGAUGGCACAGCAAAGAGAGACUGCUGCUGUGGUUUAUGAUACACUGAAAAGUGAAAGCUUCCUGGGAAAGCAGAUCGAUCAUCUGUUCAUUAGCAGUUUGCCUGAGAUUGUGGUAGAGUUAUUAAUGACAUUACAUGAACCAGCAAAUUCUGAUACCACGCAAAGCAUUGACCCCUGUGACUUCUCAGAGGAUUUGGAUCCUCCUCCUAACCCACCUCAUUUUCCAUCCCAUGUGAUAAAAGCAACAUUUGCCUAUAUCAGCAAUUGUCAUAAAACUAAACUUAAAAGCAUUUUAGAAAUUCUCUCUAAGAGCCCUGACUCCUACCAGAAAAUUCUACUAGCUAUAUGUGAGCAAGCAGCAGAGACAAAUAAUAUGUAUAAAAAGCACAGAAUUCUUAAAAUAUACCAUCUCUUCGUUAGUUUACUACUAAAAGAUAUAAAAAGUGGAUUAGGAGGAGCUUGGGCCUUUGUUCUACGAGAUGUCAUUUAUACAUUGAUUCACUAUAUUAACAAACGGUCUUCUUGUUUCAUGGAUGUGUCAUUACGUAGCUUCUCGCUCUGUUGUGACCUAUUAAAUCAGGUUUGCCAGACAGCAGUGACUUACUGUAGGGAUGCUUUAGAAAAUCAUCUCCAUGUUAUUGUUGGUACUCUUACACCACUUGUGCAUGAUCAGGUGGCAGUUCAGGAACAGGUACUGAACUUGUUGAAAUACUUAGUAAUUGAUAACAAGGAUAAUGAAAACCUCUAUCUCACGAUUAAGCUUCUGGACCCUUUUCCUGACCAUGUUCUUUUUAAAGAUUUGCGUGUUACCCAGCAAAAAAUCAAAUACAGUAGAGGACCCUUUUCACUCUCGGAGGAAAUUAAUCACUUUCUGUCAGUUAGUGUUUAUGAUGCACUUCCACUGACAAGGCUUGAAGGAUUGAAAGAUCUUCAGAGACAGCUUGCACAACAUAAAGAUCAGAUGAUGGACCUUGUGAGAGCCUCGCAAGAGAACCCAAAAGAUGGUAUAAUGGUAAAGCUGAUUGUCAACUUGUUGCAGUUGUCCAAGAUGGCAGUAAACCACACUGGUGAAAGACAAGUUUUAGAGGCUGUUGGAAGCUGCUUAGGAGAACUGGGUCCCAUAAAUUUCUCUACCAUUGCUAUACAACACAAUAAAGAUGCAUCUUACACGAAGGCCUUUGAAUUGCUUGAAGAUAAAGACCUUCGUUGGACUUUAAUAAUGGUGACCCACCUAAAUAAUACCCUGGUGGAAGACUGUGUUAGAGUUCGAUCAGCUGCUGCUACCUGUUUGAAAAAUAUCUUGGCUACAAAAACUGGGCACAGUUUCUGGGAGGUGUAUAAAACAACAACUGAUCCCAUGCUGGCCUAUAUACAACCUUUCAGAACAUCAAGAAAAAAGUUUUUAGAGGUUCCCAGACCUGAAAGAGAAAGCCCUUUAGAAGGCUUGGAUGAUACCAGUCUCUGGAUUCCUCAAAAUGAAAAUCAUGAUAUUUGGAUAAAAACUCUAACUUGUGCUCUUUUGGACAGUGGAGGCACAAAAAGUGAAAUUCUCCAAUUAUUAAAACCGAUGUGUGAAGUGAAAGCUGACUUUUGUCAGACUCUGCUUCCUUACUUGAUUCAUGAUUUUUUACUGCAAGAUACAAAUGAGUCAUGGAGAAAUCUGCUUUCUGCACAUGUUCAGGGAUUUUUUACCAGCUGCUUGAAACACCUCUCACAAAACAGCCGAUCUACAACCCCUGCAAAUUUGGAUUCAGAUCCAGAACAUUUUUUUCGGUGUUGUUUGGAUAGAAAAUCCCAAAGAACAAUGCUUGCUGUUGUAGACCAUAUGAGAAGACAAAAGAGACCAUCUAGAGGAACAGUUUUUGAUGAUGCUUUCUGGCUGGAUUUGAACUAUCUAGAGGUUGCCAAGGUAGCUCAGUCUUGUGCUGCUCACUUUACAGCACUACUCUACGCAGAAAUCUACGCAGAUAAGAAAAGUGUGGAUGAUCAAGAGAAAAGGACAAGUACAACUAUUACAUUUGAAGAAGGAAGCCAAAACACAACUAUUUCUAGUUUGAGUGAAAAAAGUAGAGAAGAAACUGGAAUCAGUUUACAGGAUCUUCUCUUAGAAAUCUACAGAAGUAUAGGGGAGCCGGAUAGUCUUUAUGGCUGUGGUGGUGGGAAAAUGUUACAACCCCUUACCAGACUGAGAACUUACGAACAUGAAGCCAUGUGGGGGAAAGCCCUGGUGACAUACGAUCUUGAAACAGCAAUCUGCCCUUCGACGCGCCAGGCAGGAAUAAUUCAGGCCUUGCAGAACUUGGGACUGUGCCAUAUUCUUUCCAUCUACCUAAAAGGUUUAGAUCAUGAAAAUAAGGAAAGCUGUGCUGAACUACAGGAACUUCAUUACCAGGCAGCAUGGAGGAAUAUGCAGUGGGACCUGAGCACUUCUGUUAGCAGUGGAAUGGAAGGAACCAGUUACCAUGAAUCAUUGUACAAUGCUCUGCAGUCUCUGAGAGACAAAGAAUUCUCUACAUUUUAUGAAAGUCUAAAAUGUGCCAGAGUGAAAGAAGUAGAAGAACUGUGUAAGGGCAGCCUCGAGUCUGUGUAUUCCGUCUACCCCACACUGAGCAGAUUGCAGGCCCUUGGAGAACUAGAAAAUAUUGGGGAGCUUUUCUCCAGAUCUGUCAUGGAGAGACAGUUCUCUGAAGUGUAUGUAAAGUGGCAGAAACACUCCCAGCUGCUCAAGGACAGUGAUUUCAGCUUUCAGGAGCCUAUCAUGGCACUACGCACAGUCAUUCUGGAAAUCCUGAUGGAAAAAGAAAUGGAGAACUCCAAACGAGAAUGUCUUAAGGACAUUCUUACCAAGCACCUUGUAGAGUUUUCUGUCCUAGCCAGGACUUUUAAAAACACUCAGCUCCCUGAAAAGGCAGUAUUUCAAAUUAAACAAUAUAAUUCAGUGAGCCAUGAAGUCUCUGGAUGGCAACUAGAGGAAGCACAAGUGUUCUGGGCCAAAAAGGAGCAGAGUCUUGCCCUGAAUAUUCUCAAGCAAAUGAUCAAGAAGUUGGAUGCCAGCUGUAGCGAGAAUGAUCCCAGCCUAAGGCUUAUACAUACGGAAUGUCUGAGGGUUUGUGGUAACUGGUUAGCAGAAACUUGCUUAGAAAAUCCUACAGUAAUCAUGCAAACCUAUCUAGAAAAGGCAGUAGAAGUUGCUGGAAGUUGUGAUGGAGAAAGCAGUGAUGAGCUCAGAAAUGGGAAAAUGAAGGCAUUUCUCUCAUUAGCACGUUUCUCAGAUAAUCAGUAUCAGAGAAUUGAAAAUUAUAUGAAAUCAUCAGAAUUUGAAAAUAAGCAAGCCCUCCUAAAAAGGGCCAAAGAGGAAGUGGGCCUCCUAAGGGAACAUAGAAUUCAAACCACCAGAUACACCAUAAAGGUUCAGCGGGAGCUGGAGUUGGACGAGUGUGCGCUUCGUGCACUGCAAGAGGAUCGCAAGCGCUUCUUAUGUAAAGCAGUUGAAAAUUACAUCAACUGCUUAUUAAGUGGAGAAGAACAUGAUAUGUGGGUGUUCCGACUUUGUUCUCUCUGGCUUGAAAAUUCUGGAGUUCCUGAAGUCAAUGGCAUGAUGAUGGGACAUGGAAUGAAGAUUCCGUCCUAUAAAUUUUUGCCUCUUAUGUACCAGUUGGCUGCUAGAAUGGGAACCAAAAUGAUGGGAGGCCAGGGAUUUCAUGAAGUUCUCAAUAAUCUUAUCUCUAGAAUUUCAAUGGAUCAUCCUCAUCAUACCUUAUUUAUUAUAUUGGCUUUAGCAAAUGCAAACAAAGAUGAAUUUUUGACAAAACCAGAAGCCUCAAGAAGGAGUAGGAUAGCUAAAAAUGCACCUAAACAAAGCUCUCAACAAGAUGAGGAUAGGAUGGAGGCUGCAAACAAGAUAAUAUAUACCAUCAGAAGGAAGAGGCCUCAAAUGGUCAAGAAUAUAGAGGCACUUUGUGACGCUUAUAUUUUAUUAGCAAACUUAGAUGCCACUCAGUGGAAGGCCCAGAGAAAAGGCAUCUCGAUUCCUGCAGACCAGCCAAUUACUAAGCUAAAGAAUUUAGAUGCUGUUGUUGUUCCUACUAUGGAAAUUAAGGUGGAUCCCACAGGAAAGUAUGAAAAUCUUGUGACAAUACAGUCAUUUAAAGCAGAAUUUCGUUUAGCAGGAGGUGUGAAUUUGCCAAAAAUAAUAGAUUGUGUAGGCUCUGAUGGCAAGGAAAGGAGACAGCUUGUAAAGGGCCGUGAUGACCUCAGACAAGAUGCUGUCAUGCAGCAGGUUUUCCAGAUGUGUAACAUGUUACUGCAGAGAAACACCGAAACUAGGAAAAGGAAGUUGAUGAUCUGCACGUAUAAGGUGGUUCCUCUGUCCCAGCGAAGUGGUGUUCUUGAAUGGUGCACAGGAACUAUCCCUCUUGGUGAAUUUCUUAUUAACGGUGAAAGCAAUGCUCAUGAAAGAUACAGACCAAAGGAUUUCAGACCCGUGGAAUGCCAAAGGAAAAUGAUGGAAAUACAGAAGGAGUCUUUUGAAAAGAAAUACAAAACCUUCAUGAAAAUCUGCCAACAUUUUCAACCAGUUUUCCGUUACUUCUGCAUGGAAAAAUUCUUGGAUCCAGCUGUUUGGUUUGAGAAACGAUUGGCUUAUACUCGUAGUGUGGCCACAUCUUCUAUUGUUGGCUAUGUACUUGGCCUUGGUGAUAGACAUGUACAGAAUAUCCUGAUAAAUGAGCAGUCAGCAGAACUUGUGCAUAUAGAUUUAGGAGUCGCUUUUGAACAGGGCAAAAUACUUCCUACUCCUGAAACAGUACCUUUUAGACUUACCAGAGAUAUUGUGGACGGCAUGGGCAUCACUGGCGUUGAAGGUGUCUUCAGAAGAUGCUGUGAGAAAACAAUGGAGGUUAUGAGAAAUUCUAAGGACACUCUGUUAACCAUUGUGGAGGUCCUCCUGUAUGAUCCACUCUUUGACUGGACCAUGAAUCCUUUGAAAGCUUUGUAUUUACAACAGAGGCCAGAAGAUGAAACCGAAUUUCAGCCCACUCCCAAUGCAGAUGACCAAGAAUGCAAACGAAAUCUCAGCAAUAUUGAUGACUCUUUGAACAAAGUGGCUGAACGUGUUUUGAUAAGACUUCAAGAAAAACUGAAGGGUGUGGAGGAAGGCACUGUGCUCAGUGUGGGUGGGCAGGUCAACUUGCUCAUCCAGCAGGCCAUGGACCCCAAGAACCUUAGCCGACUUUUCCCAGGAUGGAAAGCUUGGGUAUGACUGACCCUAAGAGCAUGAAUUACCCUCGAAUUUAACCUAUAGGAAUCAUAGUUUAUUUUUAACCCACUCACCAACUUUGAAUAAGGAUAGUAUUUUUUCAGUGUCUAAUCCUUCCGCCUAUCCAAAGAUGGUCAGGGUGUCCCAAGCAAUCUCGGCUGUCACGUGGAAGCAGUUGUUUCCUUGGUGCUCUAACGCACACUGACUGCUUCUUCCCAAGUACCUGUUUCGUAUCCUUUUCUGUAGGAUCUCUGAGGUACCUGUUGGCUGAAACAGUGACAGCAGCUAGAGUUUCUUCUCUAAAUUUGAACCAGUAAAAAUACUUGAGGCCAAUUUUAAGACUUAUUCUCCAGAUAUUAUAAAUAUUUGCUAAUAUUAAAUUACCAGUUGCAACCUUGUGUCAUAAUAAAGCUACAUUAAAAGCAAUUUGAAAACAAAGUACUCUUCUUGAGAUGUAUUUGGAUUUUCUGUAGGAAGGAAAGUCACAGUAUUACUAAAUAAUGAAGUUGCAGAUUCUAAAGUCAUGGUUAAUGUUAGUGUUUUUGUCUAAUGUAUAUAUUCCAUUCUGUAUUAGAUACUUUCUAUGAAUUGUUUGUAUUAGAUAAUGAAUUUUAUAUCCAGCUGUAAAUAAUCUUUAACCUAUUGGGAGUCUGUCAGGUUUUCAUUUCUAGCUGUUUAUUUUAGGCCUAUGUUUUCAAGUUUCAGUUCCUUUUAUAAAAUGUUUUAUAGUUAAGCUUCAUUAAAUCAAAUUUCUGCUGUUUCUGUUGUCAUCUUUGGACUGCUCAUCUAUUUUUGUAUUUUGAAAGGUUACUUCCAUUUGAUUCUCAUGUGGAAUUUUCUCAAACCAUUCUGAAAAUGAUUUCACAUUCAAAUUAUCAACUUCAUGUAUCUUAAGCCAUCUAAAUGAGUAUUUUGUAUGUAUUGGUAGUUUUAUACCACAGUUAAUCAAGGAAAAUUAAUACAUUUAAAAUGCCUUUAA